AUGCCUGCAAAGGCUGGUAUGUUGAUUGCUUUUGCUUGUGCUCCUGGUACCACAGCUAACGAUAAAGCACCAAACGGACGUAAUGGAAUGUUUACGUAUCAUCUAUUACGACACAUCACUCGACCACGAGAGGAUUUACUUAUGUUGCUUGUAGAUGUAACUGAUGGAGUUGUCAAUGAUACAAAAGGAAAACAGAUGCCAUACACAACAUCUGCUUUGACAAAGCGAGGCAUUUGUUUGGCAGGAUUACAUACAAAAGAAAUGCCACUAACUGCAGACUUCGGUAGUAGCUCACAAUCGACUCUUAUUUCGACGCAGCAACUACCACUACGUGCAAGUUUCAUCGAUAUUCAUCCGAAUGCAAAAUGGUCAAAAAAUGGUAUCACUGUUGCUGGAGCGAAUGAAGGAGGCAAUGGAAUCAAUCAACUCUGGUACCCAUGGGGUUUGUACGUUGAUGAUGAUCAAACAAUUUAUGUCGCUGAUUGGGGAAAUCAUCGUAUUGUGAAAUGGAAACCUGGUGCACCAAAUGGAAAAAUGGUUGCUGGUGACAACGGAGAAGGAAAUCAUGCUAAUCAACUAAGCUACCCACGAGAUGUGAUUGUCGACAAACAGAGCAAUAGCUUCAUCGUCAGUGAUGACGGGAAUCACAGAGUAGUUCGUUGGCCUUGUCGAAAUGGUACUCGUGGAGAAACAAUUAUUUCCAAUAUCAGUUGCAUCGGUUUGACAGUGGACGGGAAUGGAUCUCUCUAUGCCGUUGACAUUGAAAAAGAUGCAGUGAGACGAUAUAAAAUUGGUGACACUCAAGGAACAAUGGUUGCAGGUGGCAAUGGAGAUGGAGAUCAUCUCGAUCAACUCUCUAACCCCCGCUACAUAUUUGUCGAUCGUGAUCAUGCAGUAUAUGUGUCUGAUGGUUGGAACCAUCGUGUAAUGAGAUGGGAAGAAGGUGCAAAACAAGGCACUAUUGUAGCCGGUAGUCAAGGAAAAGGAAAUAGUCUUACACAAUUGAAUGAACCUGAAGGAGUCGUUGUCGAUCAAUUGGGUACUGUCUAUGUGGCUGAUUCUUUGAAUCAUCGAAUCAUGCGUUGGCCAAAAGGAGCCACGCAGGGAAGUAUCAUUGUUGGUGGAAACGGUGAAGGAACACAAUCGAAUCAACUCAAUUGCCCCUCAUGUUUAUCAUUCGAUCGACAUGGCAAUCUUUAUGUCGUCGAUAAUGAAAAUCAUCGGGUACAAAAAUUUGAUAUGGCAUGA